GGCUAACUUCAGGCUGUUUAAUCAAGACGGCAGCUCGUAACGGUUUCUUUAUUGUUAGUGAGAAAGUUUGUGUUGUGGUCCGUCAGAGCCUCUGUGUGUCCGGAUAAACGUGUCUGAAUGGACUUUGUGCUGUUCACCUUUUCUUUCUGGAUGUUUUACCUCUGACUCAUCUCCCUGUAGACUACAAACACAUUCAAGUUAGCUUAUCAUGCUAGCUGGUUAGCACUGCGGCGCUAGUCAGAGUGACUGUUUGAUGGAGAGCAAACUGUGUUUCUGACGGAGUUUGUGUGGAGAAAAAAUUGGUGUCACUGUGUGAAAAAUGUCUAAAGUCCAAACGGUGAGAGCGCUGGUGGAGCAGCGACUGACUGCGGCUGCUGAAGAGAUAUUUGGGCUGUUUGAAAGAACGAUAGCAGAGUACGAGGAGGAACUUUGUCGUUCAAAAGAGAAGAACGAGCGACAACAGAAACUACUGGACGCUGUUUUCAACCCUCAGCUUCACGUACACAGAGCAGACAUCCAGCAGCUGUUGGUGGUUAAAGAGGAGUUUCCCUCUGAGCAGCAGGAGAGGAGCUCCAGUCUGGACCAGGAGGACCCAGAGCCCCCACACAUUAGAGAGGAACAGAAGAGUGACAUCACUCACCUCCAAAAGAUCCACAGAGGGAGUCAUGCAGCAGAGGAAGAGUUCAUAGAAGCAGGAAGUCUGAGCCAACACACGGUGGUACAAACGGUGCUACAGCCAGAGCCCCAGCACAUUAAAGAGGAACAGGAGGAACCUCGGACCAGUCAGAAGGGAGAGCAGCUUCAAGGGCUGGAGGAGGCUGAUAUCAACAAGUUCACAUUCACUCCUGUCCCUGUGAAGAUUGAAGAAGAUGAAGAGAAACCUCAGUCCUCAAAGCUGCAUCAAACACAAACUGAAUGGAUGGAAUCAGAAGCUGAUGAAGAGGACUGUGCAGGACCAGAACCAGACAGGAACUCUGAUCCAGAUCCACAUUUACAACCUGAUACUGACGACGAGCCUGCAGACUCUUCUGAACCUGAGACUGAUGACAGUGGUGAUUGGAAGGAGACCAGAGAACCUCAGUCAGGUUUGAACUGUUUGAAAAAAGAUGGUGGUCCUGUCAGAGAUUCCAGAUUUAGUGCUGGUGAGAAACGAUUUAGCUGCUCUGAGUGUGGGGAAGGAUUUGGCUACAAGUGCUAUCUGAAGAGACACAUGUUUUCUCAUACAGGAGAGAAACCUUUCAGCUGCUCGUUUUGUCAGAAACCUUUUGCAUACAGCCGAACUUUAAAGAGACACAUCAGACAACACACAGGAGAGAAACCUUUCCGCUGCUCAGUGUGCGGUAAAGGUUGCGGUGAUAGUUGGAAUCUGAAAUUACACAAAAUAACUCACACAGGAGAGAAACCUUUCAGCUGCUCAUUUUGUAAUAAAACUUUUACACAGGGUGGAACUUUAAGGAGACACAUGAGACUCCACACAGGAGAGAGACUUUCCAGCUGCUCAGUGUGUGGUAAAUCUUUUACAAGAAGUGGGCAUUUAAAGAGACACAUGAGAGUCCACACAGGAGAGUAACCUUUCACCUGCUCAGUUUGUGGUAAAGGUUAUGGUGGGAGUUGGCAUCUAAAGUCACACAAAAGAAUUCACACAGGAGAGAAACCUUUCAGUUGCCAUAUUUAUAGCAAAAGAUUUGCCUGGAUGUCACAUGUCAAAAAACAAAUGUUCUGGCCGUUCAUCCUCAAAGUUUCAUCAAACUGAAGAAUAAAGAGGCAGGUCGCUACGACGGAUUUCCAUCAUUUGGAGUCAACAGGGGCCACCUAUGAGAUCAAUAGCCGUGUUUCGUUUAGGGUGAAGAGUGGCCGUUGGGAAAGUCUCAGGCCACGCCCUCUCAAAUGUUCGCUCACUCUGCGUGUCUCCACUACAAAAAGGCUCCAGAGGAAUUUACGAAACUCCAGAGGUUAAGUAUGGUUUUGGAUCGUCGACGAUGAUCUGUGAUCACAUUAGCGACGGAUUAACCACGGGAGACGUAACUGUUGCAAAACAAAAGCAGCAUGGCUAAUUAUGCACAGCAUCUCCACCGAUCAUAAACAUGGUUAUCGUGAAUUAACCGGCAUCGCUAACUGUGCACAGAGUGUCCGGUGCUUGUUGUAGACAAACAGAGAACAGAACAGAGAAGUUGGUGUUGUUUGUUUGAUGCUUGUUCUGUUUGUUGUUGUUGUUUUUAACGAGACAAAGCACUAUAGAUAUUUGCACCCAUUGUUAUUUAAUCCUGGGGCUUGUUGAUGUAUUUUUUUUCUAUUUUCUUAUAUAUAAAAGGUUUACUUGAAAUCGUGAUGGCUGCAUUUGGUGCUGAAUUCUUAUGCAUUAGUAUUUCUUAAGCAGGUGUCAAGUAACCUAACCUGGAACAUGUUUCACACACUGCACGUGACUUGGCUGUAGCGCGAAUAAAAUUUCAGUCAAAAGA